AUGGCGAUUGCUGUAUCGGGAACUAUUCUGAGGGUUAACUUUAUUUUGAACGAUAUUGCUGGCAUGAGAAUGCUUACAUCUUGUUUGGGUUUCUACGGUAUUAGUGUCAGUUCCCGCAUUGUUUUCCUCGAAAUUGGAGGAAAAAUAGGUCGUUUCGAUCUUCAACAUCAUAAGAAACUGAUAAUUGCAUCUACCGUACUUCAUAUAGCUAUUACUGUAGCAUCUGUCACAGCUUAUAUAAGUUAUGCCAACGCUACAUUGGGGACAACAAUGAUAGAUGUAUCUAAAAAAAGAACUGCAUGGGUAUGGAGCCAACUGGGAUUAGCAAUUCUUUCUGGAGUUAGUACGACCGAAUUUUUGAUGGUGUUGACUGGUGGAUUCCGGAGUCUUGAUAGCGAUUCAAGCGACAUGCGGGAAUUGAACACAGAAAGAACUGAUAGUGAUCCAAUCAUCGAUUGCAACAUUUGUCUCGUGGAAUUCUCCGCUUCCAGAAUCCCUAGAAUCCUGAAAAAGUGUGGACACACGAUCUGUGAGUACUGUGCGGAUAGAAUAAUAAGGAACGGAAAAAUAACAUGUCCAACAUGUCAAACUGCAACAGAGAUUGAUGGACCCGUCUCGAUGCUUACCAAGAAUUAUGCUGCGUUGGAAUUUGUGGAAGGAAUUAAGUUGGAUUGA